AUGAAGACUAUUUUAUUGGCUUUGCUGUUUUUUGCUGUGGCUUUGUUUGUCACCGUUGAAUGCAGAAGAACCGGACCUGGCAAGGGAAAAGAUCCUAAGUCUGGAAAAGGAGCGAUCGGCAAGCUUAGGAAACUAGGUAAAAGGCACUACAUUGGGUGUAUUUUCUUUAGUUGUGUUUAUGGUAAACAGCUCUCUUUUACUUCCCAGAGAUUUUGAUAGUCUUUUGAAAUGCAGGGCUUGUAACUUCUUUGCUAGAUGCCCUACAUUUUAAGCGCCAAAAACCGGUAGAUACCGGUAGUUUAUGUCAGGUAUUAUUAAACGGGGGAACUGUUUCCAAAAGUACUGUUUCACUUACUUCAAUUAUAGAGAGUUUCAAUGCACUUAAGUAGUAGAAAAUUCAAAUAGAUCUUAUGCAAAACAGAGAAAUACUUCCAUAUGUGAUGAUUGCGCUUUUGAAGUCAUCUGUCAACCAAACAAACCUGCGCAAUAACGAUGAUUAAGCAAAAGGCGAUUUGUCUUUUUAAUAGUCUUCUCUUUGAAAACGACCUUUGCCUUUGCCAACUGCCACAGAUGCAAAAUCACUUUUACAGGAUAACAUUUGUUUUUAGUGAAGCAUCUGGCAAAACCAUGGUCUUUAUUAUUUUUUCGUCGGCGUGAUCAUUAUCCUGAGCUGUGUAGCCGCCACGGCGCCAGACUGCAUGAGAACAAGUGUUGUUUUCUUCACGUUUUUCAUGCGAAGGAAGCGAGCGAGGGCGCGAGACACGCGCACGAUGGGUGAAGGCCCUACACGCCCGCUUCGUGUUUCGCUCGCCCGAAAAACGCGGGAAAAUAGGACUGUUAUUUUAGUAUUUUUCUUUGUUCCUCUCUGUCUUUUACUCUCUUAAAGAGACAUCAUAUUGUCUGUCUACAGGCUGCCUUGUCAAGAACUGUUCCACGUGCAAUGAUGGCUUUGUUAGAAUCACUUACAGUUUGGCACGAAGACGAUUACAAGCUAACAGAAAUUUUACCGUUUGCAAGCCUUGUAAUCAAACUGAGAAAGGAAGGAUGAAAGCAAAAAUGCAAGUGAUCGAUAGAGACGAGUCCAAAUGCCCUCCAGGUCAGAAGGAACAUUCAUUUUUUCGUUACGGAAUUUAAAAUAUUGUGAAAAUACCCUCAACAAAUGAAGCGAAAGAAAGGAGAAGCAGAGGAGAAACGCUCAUCAAUAACAAUCAGAAUAUCAAAACUCCUGCGUCUGUAACCUGCUGUAAUUCCCGGCUUUGUGUUUCUAAGUCAGUAAACAUAGUGAUCUCUGCCUGCUUGAGAGAAAAAGAUCAGAUUUACCGGUUAAAAGUCAAGCCUAGUAUUUGAAUAAUUCAAUUUUGACUGACCAAUGGCAUUAGACUGCGAAACAGUCCGUAUUUUUGUCAUUUCUAGCGAGCAGUCAAACGCGACUCUAGGGCCGGUAGAAAACCGACUAAAUAGUCUAAAAACAGACUUAAUAUUCCUUUUGUCGCCAUCGAGCGAAUAACAAAGGUUACUUUUUCGGAGCACGCGUAUAGUUAAACAGCGCUUUGAGCUGUGAGAUCCUCUGAGCCUCUACUGUAGUAAAGCCAAUCAACAUGUUUAUGAAUUUGUUCCGAUUUCAGUUACUGGUGCGACCGAAGCUCCCUGUAGCAGAAACUGUGCCUUUUGUGUCGAUGGCGAAUGUACUCAGUGUAACCAGGGAUUCGCCCAUGUAAGACAUACCAAGCGUCAGAACGUUACACGUUGCGUUCCAUGUGAGAUGAGAAACUCCAAGAGGAAAGCCGCAAAGUUUACUGUCCUUGACGAAUCGCAAUGCCCAGGUAAGAUGCCGACAUCCUCCUAGCCUGAAUAGUAGACUUCGAGUUUUUCUCAGGGAUAAAUACUUGAGUGCUUGUGAACCUUUCCCUGCGUGUCACCUUCCUCGCGGGUGGCGGUUGUCACGCGCGCCCGUGUUCUAUCCCUUAGGAAAAUGAGAGGCUUAAGUAAUGAGCCUGCGUGCCUCCCCCGAAGUUGCUAGGAGAUAUUAGAGUGGUUCAGAAUCACGUUCAAGUCGAAAAAGCAAGCGUCAAUUGGUAUCAUGUGACCAAGUUUCUCCAUUACUUGUCUUUCACUGUUCGUUAUUCAUACUGAGGAAGUUGUUUCAUGCCAGUUGUAUCCACAAUAACUAUUUAGAAAUGGUCACACUCAUCUUAGAUCUGACGUUUACUUUUUGCCAUAAAGGUGAUUGUAAAUCUCAAUUAACUGUUUAAGUGAUUUGUGCAAGAGAAGAAAUAUGAAGGACAUUUCUUGUGGGAAGCAUUCUAAAUCUGGCUCAUUUUUGUGGUCUCUUUUUGGCAGAUUUGCAGAGCUUUUUUAAAUGUAGAGACGCCAGUCAGGUGCACACUUUGCUCCCUCGGCCUCGCUGGGCCCUAGAUUCUAACGCGUGCUAUACUUGCAGGCAGUCGAUCAUUGAUGUGACAUUAUUAUUUUUUUUCUUUUUCUACCGUUUUAGCUGCAUGUGAUAAAGGCUGUCGCAACUGUGUGGAUGGCAAUUGUCUCGAAUGUAAAGCAGCUUAUGAGCUGGAUCAAGAGUCAAAGCAAUGUGAAAAGAAGAAAGGCAAGUCAAACAGAUUAAACAGACCAAGAAAUCAGUCGCCGUUUCGUCAUUUUUGAGCGAAAUCUUCACUGUUUAGCAAUUUGUCUCGUCAAAUUGUUAGAAAUGAAUUCGAAACUUCAAUUAUUUUUUAAAAAGGGAAAAGGAAAUGUUAAUGUAUAAAAAAUUAGACCAAAAUUAUUUAUUGAGGUACCCUGUGUACCAGGAGUUUUUCUUGCGUUCGGCGAUUGAGUGCGGCGGAGACGCUUUGGGGUCGGCAGCAGGUCGACACGUCUUCGGCCUUUAAGCCGAAGCCACGAGCGGCGACGCGCGCGUCACUAAAACCGGAAAACCAGGAUACCGUUUAGGCCCUAAGAGUGACUAACAUCAACUUUCUCCCAAUACAUGAUCAAGAGAAUAGGUUAUGAGAAAUGAUAAAGUGAUCACCAGAGGAGAAUUAUUGCUUUGAUCUUUUAUCAAAUCCUCCGCUCUACGUAUAAUUUUUUUUUAGCUCCUUUAAUAAAAUCUUCUUUAUUUUGGUACUUCUUUGCUUAUAACGGUGAUGUUUUCCGUUUUGUAGGAGCUUACGCUUUCAGCCACGUUUUACGGCAAAAUGUAUUUUAUUUUACAUUAAUACUGUUCGUUGUUUUCAGUUUGUGGUAGAGGCCGCAACAAGAAAAGAUGUGCAAAAGGCAAACCAGGAGUUAAACCCAAUAGAAAAGGUAAGCUAUUAAUCUCAUUCCACAACUGAUUGAAAGAUAAUUAGUGCCUCUUUCAAGGCAAUCUGGACAGCUUGCGUGUCCUACGCUUUCAUUUGAGCGAAGAAAAGAAAAUUUCGUUCGCUGAGAAGACACGAAAAAGACUGAGAGAGCAAGUCACACGAGCUCUCCAACGAAAACCGCCGGCUACGAGGGUCAUAAUCUAGAUAAAUUUGAAUUCGGCGUGUUUGCCCCGAAAAUGAAUAAAAGGGUUCUGUUCACGUAGUCGUUUCCAUAUCGUUUUCACUCUCCACAUUGAAACGCUGUUGCAGACGUCGUUGUUAGAAAAGUCAGAUGAACUUUUUGCUGGUUGUAAAACACCGCUUUAAAGUGUACGAAAGGCGAGACUGGAGAAAAAUGAAAAAAAGAAAAAAAAUUGAACGUCCUUCAUCCAAUUGGCAUACAAAGAAGUAGAUAUGAGUAUAUUUGGCUCCUUAUAUGGUCUAAAGAAAGGUGGGUGGUGUGGGGAAAGGGGGCGGGGGUGGGGUGGGAGCAGUUUGAGAUUGAGUCAAGGUGGGCUCCUGAGUGUUAACUUGUGAACAGAUGCGGUUCUGAAGCAUGCUGAAUCAAUUAAUAUUGUAUAUUUGUUUUUUUCAUUUUAUCUCUAGGAGGAAAAAGAGGACCAAAGACUCCAAGGCCUUGAAACGUCCAUACAAAUCGCGCGUGUACAUUUUUCUUCUAUCCACGCACGUAAGUCGUGCGUGGAGAGAAAAUCAAGAGGGGUGUAUUUCAGAUGAUACAUGUCGCUAUUUAUUUUUUUAUUAGACUUUUGGUGAUAUCAUAUGGAAGACAAAGCACAGGAUACUCAAAGGAUCUCUUUUUUUUAUUGUAAAAACCACAGUGAAAGUUGAUUAGUCGAGCAACGAAACUAUGGUUCUUAAGAUUUUUGUUCUUCGAUCUCUGUUCAAGAAGUAGCUGAAAUAGUUAGCUUGGGUGCUGGGUGUACAAUUAAGUACUCAAAGAAUAUUUUUUUCGUCGUAUUAUUACCAGAUCAGCGUUCAUUUCCACUUACGCUCAGCUGAAUCUCAGUGUAUGAUAGAUUUUUGUUUCUUAGAUAAUUCUAGUGUAAGCGAGACUUGGAAGGUUUGCUAUGAACACCCUCUUGUAGCCAGUUGAUGGUUGCUCAUUUCUCUUUCUAGCACAUGUAUCUUAUUGAGAGUAAAGAAAAGUCACUGUAUUGAUUUCACUGUAGUGGUUAGCAUUACAAUUUUUCUUGAAUCUUUGCUAAUAAAUUUUUUGCUCAAAUGCCGGGUCUCGAUAAUAAUUCAUUUUCUCGAUGCGUCAUUUGACUUCAUCUACAAGAUAUGCUUUUGCUGAUUCCUUAAUGCGUUAAGUAAUACUACUGAGGUUUACUUACAGAGAAGAAGAAUAGAAGAACAAGAGAUCAAUCUCCUUUACAGGAUUCUGAUAGUUGUACUCAGUUGAUGCAUAGUUAAUUAGAGUGGAAGCCGG